AUGGCUAUUGAACUCUUGCUGACUACUUACCUUACUGGAGAGGUUUGCAAGCGACUUUACGACCACCCUGAAGGUCUCGACCCAGCUUUAACCGCUGAUGAUCUGACUAUCGGCGUGCGCGAGUGCGAGAUAUUCCAGACUGUCGAGGCGAAGAAGGGCGACGUCUUCAUCCUCCACGGUCUGGUUCCGCACACAGCGAACUACAACUGUCACCACUAUGCUCGCGUCAUCACCAACACCCAUAUCACCCUGAAGGACCAGCUUCAUCUGGAUCGACCUGACAAGAAUUAUACCCUUGCGGAACAGGUCAUUCUUCGAGUACUGGACCGAGAGCCUAUCCUGGAGUUCAAGCCCACGCGCGAGCGAAAGUUUUGGUACCCUCGGAACUUUUGCUUCAAGGAGAAGAGGAUUGAAGAUGAGCUGAAGGCUGUGAAAGAUGCCGCAGCUGCAGAAGGACUGGACGCCAGCAACGUUGAUAGCAUUUGGGUGAGUGAGAAAGCUCGGUCUGAUUUCGCGAGGACGAAUGGGUUGUUGUUACCAGUGCACGAAGAGGCUGGAUUCGAGACGACGCAGCACUUAAUUCAGUAA